GUAGUAAGUUGUUAUUUUUUUCCCCUUUUUGCUUCGUUUAUUUCAAGCAUACAUUUUUACUCAUUCACACGCACACAUCUUUCGAAUAUUUUUUUUUUUCUCUCUUUUUGUUUUCCACAAACAGACAAAAACGUGCCGUAAAUCGGUCCAACAACAUCCGGGUCCUGGCGCGCGUUGUCAAGGCAGCCAGUUGACUGCUGGCUAACCGCGGAGUGAGUCCCGCCCGAGCUCGCCGUCCUCCUAAAAAAAAAAAACAAAUAACGAAAGAAAAACGAAACCCACCCCCGGCGCAAAACAAACAAACCAAAAAAAAGACUAAAGUUGCUCAGUGGCAAAGGACACGCAACUCUUUGCGUGAUACUGACACGAGCUCAGGUCCGCACACGACAAGAAAACCUUCCAGGUGGAAGGAAUGAAGGAAUCUACGGAACGAGACCUCGCGGGCCAGCAGUAGGAUGCCGACGGUCAAAAGCGUACCUGCCGCGGCCUUCGAGUUGGAUGACGCCACCCCUGCGCUCUCGGCGAAAGCCACCCGGACUGUCGGGACGAUGACCAAUAGCGGCCGGACGCGGGUCUUCACGCCGAUCAGGGCCGAACCCGCAUCUCCAACCGGGAACGCCCACGCGCCCGAGUCCGACGAAGAGCAAGUGGCCCGUCGUCGGGAGCAAUGGAGGCUCAAAAAGCGAGCGCAGCGGGCCAAGAUGGCGGCGAGGCUCGGCAAAACCAGGGAGAAAGCCGCACCGGUGAUAACGGCGUCUGCUCAUUUUCUCCUUCGUGACGCCGACCGGAGAGGCGGCCGAACGCAAAGGCAGACUUCGCACAAAUCCGCACAGAUGCAGAGAAAAUCGGCAAGACUACCUCAGGAUUUUGUUCCUCCCUCGAACCUCCCUCGGUGCAGAGCGCCCUGGGGGAGAAUUUUGGAAGCUCAAAGACACCUAAAGGUCAAAGCCCUGUCCACGCCCUCGGCGUUUAAUAUCAGAAGAAUCCCCCCGAUGGACAUCAAGGACACUCCGGAGCAGAUCUUAGCCAAACAGAGGGAGUAUUGGCGCGUUAAAAAGCGGGAGCAGCGGGCCAAAAUGUCGAUGGAGGCGAAAGCCCGGCUCAAGGAGAAGGACUGCCUUAUGCGCCGAGUCCGACGCUACCAGAACAUCCUGGAGGAGAUGAGGAGGGCCCGGGCGUUCGCGGUCGACCCGGAGACAAUCGGAGGCUUUGUCAAAGAGGACAGGAUGGUGUUUGCGGGUCCUCCCCGGACGGGUCCCUUCAUUGGCAGCACGGGGAAACAUGGGCUCGGGGGGUCUGGGAACAAAGUCCACCAAAGAGCUUCCGCCAGAAGCACAAAGACCAACCCCGUCCAACCUUUUAGUCACCUCACCCUCGUUCGUCCUCAGAGCCCACGCAAGUCCGGUUUUCCCAACCCAACCGCCCGGCCUGGCCAGGCCAGCUGCGUCAUGAAAAUGCUCGUUUCGGAUCAAGCGUUGCCCAAGGAAGACCGCGUGGCCAAGAAGCGCGAGUACUGGAGGGUGAUGAAGCGGCAACAGAGGGCGGCACGCGCAGCCCGGCUCAAGCAAGGGGUCGCCGAGGCCAGACCCGCCUUACCGGACCAAAGGAGCAAGGACCCGAGACCGGCUUCGGCGCACCAAGCGCCUCUCCUGAACCAUAACAGUCCGACUAACGCCAUCAAACAGGAGCCUGACCUAAACCCCGUCCCGGAGCAGCCCAUUUGUCCAGACCUCAAACCUCUAGCGCUCAAGCCCGAACCCGACCCGUCUCCAGCCGCAGAUUGCCAGGUGACCACUCUGCUGGCCGUUGCCUCCAUGAAAAAGCUCCUGGAGGAGUCUCUGAGCACGGUGACCGACUGCAAAGGCCAAGAACCCGACAUCGGGAUGAAGGUGAAAGAGGAGCCCGGCGGGACGGAGGCGGCCCCGGUCGCCCGAGCUCCGGACCGCCAAGCGACGCCCUGUCGUCGGCCCGCUGCGGCGACCUGCCUGCAGAAGAAGCGGGAGUACUGGAAGCUGAUGAAGAGGCAGCAGAGGGCCCGGCUGAAGGAAAGGCGGGGCGAGGGUGGCGGCGGCGGCGCCGCCGGCCGUCUUCACCCAAGGGGCGGCCAGACUCCGACUCUCGCCGCACGCUCGAUAAAUGCGGCGAAGGCUCCGCCGAAGCUCCUCCCCAAGCCUUCCUUGUCUCCGGGCGGCAGUAUUCCCGCCAUCCGCGGGCCUUUGGGUCUUCAUGAAUCUGCAGACUUGGACCCGGCCCUCCCUGCUCUGAAACCCCCCGACAACCCGCUUUCCAGCAUCAACCUGCACCCCAUCUUGCCCCCCGCUCGACCCGUGCGCGCCGCUCCCUCGAAACAGUUCUGGUCGUCCCGGCCGCCGCUCAACGCCACGGGGCCUCCCGGGUGUUGCGCCGGCGACGACGACGACUCCCUGAAGAGAAAGCGGGAGUACUGGAGGAUCAAAAAGAAGGAGCAGAGAGCCAGGAAGGCCGUGGGCGAGAAGGGGAUCGCCCCGAGGAGAGGGUCCCGCGUGCUGCCUGUUCCGGACCUGCACGCGAAGGAUCUUUGCCAGCGUGCGACUUGCAACCCUUUGAGUGAGGCAUCAGAAUCUCUCAUCAGCAAUUCAGCGGACGCCAGGCCCCACUGUCACUACGGCGGCGCCGUCGACGACGAGGAAGGCCCCGUGUCCGACGCCACGUGGAGGAACUUGUACCUCAUGGACUACGACCCCGUCAACCAGCUGCUGGUGUGCGUGGCGUGCGGCGAGCUACAGCACUCGCACAGCCCGGAGGGCGCGGCGGCGCACAUCGACGAGGCCCACCCGCACACCCGCGCCCUGGAGCCCGCCGAGCGCCGCCGCAUCCUGGACGCCUGGGACGAGCAGGUGUCGCGCCGGGAGCGCUUCUUCGCCAGGCAGCUUCAGCAGCGCGGCGGCACGGGCAGAAACGUGUAGGAACUGAAGACCAAACUUGUGCACGCGUUUGAAAUCGGAACUUCCUCUCCCGUAAUGACGACGAGCCAUCCGCAGUCGACGACUGUAGCGCACUCGGAAGACGGAGCGAGACGUUCGAGCCUCUCAAAGUGGACUUGUCGCUUGUUUGCUGGUUUAAACAGGAACAUUUUUAAAUGCCCCCCCCCCCCCCACACACACACACACACUUACACACACAAUUAAAUCUUGUUUACCUUUG